AUGGGCUUCCACGAGUCAUCCAAGGGCAUCAACAUCAAGGAUAAGCACAUCCUCACUGCUUACUGCCAACGACCCUCCGGGGAACCUCGAUAUUCAGAACUAGAUCUGAACGAAUUCCUUGGGGCAAACAAGGGGAAAUUGGCCUGGGGUUCCCACAACUUCUCGAAAAGUUCCCGCGAUGUUGACUUCAAGCUAGAAGGUCCCAACAACGAGCCCAUGCUGUGCGCGCAACUCAAUGAUGGCGAAGGGAAUUUUCAAGAAAGCAAGGUGAACCUGGGCCAUUGUAUCAAAAACGUGGAUGGUCAUCUGAGUUACAUGGAAUGUUUCUAA